AUGAAGUUCACUGCCGCCUUUGGUGUUGCUGCCCUAUUCAUGGGCCCGUCUGCUGCGGCCUGGAAGCUGCCUCACGCUAACAAGGCUGACGCUGCCACUCCUAUCGGUUCUCCUCCCAGUGGCUUCCCUGAAGGUUUCCCAUCCGGAACCCCAACUAGGACCCCAUCUAGAUUCGCAUCUGGAACCCCAUCUGUCACUCCAUCCGGAAUUCUAUCUGAAACUCCAACUGAGUUCCAAACUGGAUGGCCUACUGGAUUCUCCUUUAGCCGCCGAGCACCUGGUCACGGUCCUGGUCCCAAGGGACCCGGACACGAAGGGCACAAAGGACACGGUCAGGGACCUAAGUUCACCCGCUUCCCCAUAAGCUCUCCUACCAGUGUGCCUCCUGGAUUCCCUGAAUCCACCGGUGCUCCCCUUGGGUUCCCCGCUGGCUUCUCUGGUAGCCAGGCCUCUAGCGCUUCCUUCGCCGUUUUCCCUAUCGCGACCACGACUGUUGCUACUGUUAGUGAGCAGGGAGACUUUGCACGUCGUCACUCUCGUCAGAUGCUGUUUUAG